AAAGCAAUUGAGAACGAAAAUUAGAGCAUCCUCGUGAAAAGAAAGAGACAUAGUACGGUAUCGACUCUGAUUCGACGAUAGUCAUUUUGUCGUUUGGACGGGCCGCUCGGCACGACACACGUGGCAAACGAGUAGAGAGCGUUUACGGACGUGUCCCGCGCCCAAGCGUUGAAAUGAGUCCUCCACGUCCACUGAGACGUUAUCCAUCCUUCACCCAACUUCCGGGUACCGCAGAUCCUCCUCGUCGGAGGUAGACAACGUCUUUACCAUCAUGUCGAACGUUGACCUCCCUGAAUUCCUCGACCCAGUGCUGGACUACCUCUCCGAUCAUAUUCCACCGACACUCUACUCCGUACUGGAGACAUUAUUGUCUCAUUCUAUCGCUCUGGUCUCAUCGCUACUUGGGCUAGUGACGGCGUUCAUAACAGAGCCCUCUUCAUGGGACACCCAGCGGAUUCUACCCCCUCUCAUCACGCUACUAACAGUCUACGUCGCUCUAUUCAGUUUCUACCGAACAACAGGCUGGAUGAUCCGCACUGCGUUCGCUUUCGUGAAAUGGGGAACUAUAUUCGGUUUAAUUGGAAUAGGGGCUGGGUACAUCUUAGCCAACGCAAAUGUUGAUGGCGAGGGGAAUGGUGUGGGCGCACUAUUCGCAGGAGCGGGUCUGAUACCUAUGAUGGGUGGUUUGAUUCUUGAUAUGAUCAAUGGUCAAGGCCAAGAUGCAGCAGGUGGUCGUCGAGGUUCUCGUAACGCUCAGAGCAGCCCUCGAACCCGCUCACGCACCCAACCGAACUCACAAUCUCGCCCAAACGUUUGGGAUUCGUGGGAUCGGCAUCGUGAUUGGCAGUAUAGCGAGAACGAUCAAGCUGGGAGGGAUUCGAAUAUGAAUGUGCAGCAGGUUGUGAGUGAAGUGUUGGGUGCUGCGGGCAGAGUGGUCGAGGAGUCGGGAUGGUGGGAGGCUGCGAAGGGUGCUGCUGAUGGACUCACUAAGGGAGCGGGGAAUGCUGGACAGGAAGGUGAGGGUGGGUCGAGUGGAAGACGGUCGACAAGGAGAUCGAAGGCGAAAGCAUCUCGUUCACGAUAGCAUCGGUUUUGCGAGGAUAUCAUUUAAUACAGGAUUGGUUACAGGGUUGAUUCAUUUAUUUGUUGUAUCUGUAAGCUUUGGAAUGAAUACUAUACGUUUGGGCUUCC